AAGGGGACCAGCCACCCAUGAUUGAGCAGGCAACGGUACUUGUUAACAGACUCACAGACCUGCCUAUGGGACUGCAGCCACAGGACGCAGAGAGAGACAAGUUCCCAAGCUUCAGCAUCCCACCACAGAUUGGGCAACUUCUUCUUUUCUACUAAAUUAACUUCUGCUGAGGGGGUCUCAUUUUGACAUCGUCUCCUGCAGUGAUCAAAGCUGGGAAGUUCUGGAAUUUCAAAGAAAAGCUACUUUUCAGGCUACUGCUCUCAAGAUGAUUCCCUCUAUUUCACUGGUGGUACUAUUGACUGUGUGGGCUUCCGAUGCCAAAAGAAUUUCACAGACAAACAGUGCAUCUCUUGAAAAGGAUAUGUUAAAUCUCGACAUUCAAGUCAUUCAAAGCCAUGGUUAUGACAAUGAGGAUGUGAAAGGACUGGAAUGGGACAAGCACCACAAGAGAGCACCGCGGGGUGCAGACGACGAGGACACAGGCGCAGGUGAACCUCAGUCUACCUUCUCACGAUCUUAUGAGAACGAGUUCACCUCACCCAGAGCUACCCAGUUCUCUAGCUCAACCCUGGAAACUGGGGCCAACACAGCCUCAACCCUGGAAACUGGGGCCAACACAGACUCAACACUGGAAACUGGGGCCAACACAGACUCAACACUGGAAACUGGGGCCAACACAGACUCAACCCUGGAAACUGGGGCCAACACAGACUCAACCCUGGAAACUGGGGCCAACACAGACUCAACCCUGGAAACUGGGGCCAACACAGACUCAACCCUGGAAACUGGGGCCAACACAGACUCAACCCUGGAAACUGGGGCCAACACAGCCUCAACCCUGGAAACUGGGGCCAACACAGACUCAACCCUGGAAACUGGGGCCAACACAGCCUCAACCCUGGACACUAGGGCCACUGGGGCCAACACAGACUCAUUCCUGGACACUAGGGCCAACACAGACGUGGAUCAGGGCAACAGCAGCACUACAGGAAGGUGGAUCACCAACAUCCACAACCCUCUGUACCCAGUGACUGACAGUUCCUACACUGCCUACGCUGUCAUGUUCCUGUCCCUGGUGGUGUUCUCUGUGGGGAUUAUAGGGAACCUGGCUGUGAUGUGCAUCGUCUGGCACAACUACUACAUGAGGAGUACCUGGAACUACAUCCUGGCCAGCCUGGCUUUCUGGGACUUCCUGGUGCUCUGCUUCUGUUUACCUGUGGUGGUCUUCAAUGAGCUCACCAAUAAGAGGCUGCUGGGGGACAUCUCAUGCAGAGCGGUACCAUAUAUGGAGGUGACCUCCCUAGGGGUGACAUCCUUCAGCCUGUGUGCCCUGGGUAUUGACCGCUUCAACUCUACCAGUUGCUCCCAGCCCAAAAUCCGUCGAGUGGAGAGCUGCCAGUCCGUCCUGGCCAAGCUGCUGGUCAUAUGGCUGGGCUCCAUGGUGCUGGCGGCACCAGAGCUGCUCCUGUGGCAGCUCAGCCAGGCUGUGUCUCCGGCCACAGGGGCUGUGGUGGACUCCUGCACCAUGAACCCCACCUCCAACCUCCCCGAGUCCGUCUACACCCUGGUCAUCAACUACCACGAGUGCCGCAUGUGGUGGUACUUUGGUUGCUACUUCUGCCUGCCCGUGGUCUUCACCCUGCUGUGCCAGCUCGCCACCUGCCACGUGUCCCAUGACGGUAUCCCCCGGCGCCUGGAGGAAGGUUCCACCUCCAAGAAGCAGAAGAUACAACACAGUCAACAGGUGGAGCGCCAGCUCAACUGCACCGUGAUGGCUCUGGCCGCGGUCUACGGCGUCUGCGCCCUGCCGGAGAACGUGUGCAACAUCGUCCUGGCCUACACCGCCAUGCCCAUCUCUGAUGACACCGCCACCCUGCUGGCCCUCAUCAACCAGUUCUCCCUGUUCUUCAAGUCGUCGGUGACGCCGGUACUGCUGCUGUGUCUCUGUAAGUCUCUGAGCCAGGCCUUCAUGGACUGUUGCUGCUGCUGCUGUGAGGAGUGCCAACCCAGUGGCUCCCAUUCUCCUGGCACCGAGGCCAAACUCAAGAGCACCAACGAGAUGUCCUCCUCCAUCUUCUUUGACAAAGCCAAGGACAGCUCCACCAUCCUGUCGAUCAGCGGGUCCAGCUGAACUGACCUCUCCUGAUUUCUUUCCUUUCCAUCGCCUAAACUGGUUAGAUGUGGUAACAAAGCAACUCACCUUUCAGCAGUGGACAUUCCAACCUCAACCAUAGACACACCUUUUGUUUUCCAGUGCCAGCGUCACCUUCACUGUAGCCUUAAUGUCUGUAAUGUCUCUCCUUUUGAUGUUCUCUCCAAAUAGAUACAACACCCCAUCCAGUUUUAAGGUGGUUCAUUUGACAGGAAGUUCAGACGUUGACUAAGUGCAGACUAGGGGGGGGAGAGAAGAAGGAGAAGAGCUCCAUUUAAUAUCCUUGUAGAAGUGUCACCCCAAUGUGUGUAUUUUAAGGAUUAUUAGGUCAAAAAUAAACAGAGUAUUAUGUUAGAUUACUAUACUAGGGUUGACUAACAGCCCCAGAGUGUCCCGGCACUGAGAUCAUUAUUUCUUGAUGUCACAACUAUUAACAUAUCUGUAAUAUGAUGUGUGUUGGCUCUUUAGUCGACACAGAUAAGUUUGCUUUGUUUGCUUUUUAUUCAUGCCCCCCCAAUGACACAGCUAUUUCAUCUUUAGCCGUCCCAUGUCAUUGUAUCAAUUAUUGUUUUGAGUUGUAUUAAUAAUCAACAGGAAUGGUAUAGACAUAAUAUUUUCCAUCAAAUCAAAGCGCUGCGAAUAAUGCAAAAUUAUUUUACCAGAUAAUCAUGAGAGGUCUCUGUACAGCGGUCAAGGUUAUAAACUGGUUAUAAGAAGGUUAGGAAAGAAGUCAGACAUCAUUUUAUGAAUAAGAGACACAGCUGUAGUUGUGUUUAUUUGAUCCAAUAAAGGUUUGUAAUUGA